UAUUUGAUGAAUUGACACCGAAUAGAUCAAGAAGUGUAAAAAUAAUCGAUAAAUUCAUCCAUGCCAUUGAUCCGAUUUCAAUAUAAACUGUUCCUAAUGAAAGAUAAGGACAUGUCAGAUACAAUGGAUGAAGGACAGUUUGAAUUGUACUUUUGAUAUGUGUGAAAUGGCCAUCUAAGCGAAGCUUGUUUUCUGUCUGCUGUCCACCUCUGUAUUGAAUGCAUUGUUCACGCCUGUACAUUUGACUGUACAUGGAGUCGGUGUAAACACUGAACUGUCUUCGACUGAGCUGCUGAGCAGAGAGGCUGCCGAACGGACGAAAAGCGACGCAUUGCUGCCCUUCGCACAGUUAAGAAAAAUUGAAGUCUCACUUCUGAUAAUCUUCAAGUGUUUUUCAAGGAAGAAGAUCGAGGAGAUCGGCAAAAUGACGGCCCUCUCUCAAGACGAGAUCAUCAACAACACCAAGACGGUGGUGCAGGGCUUAGAGACGUUAAAAAAUGAACACAAUCAGAUACUUAAUAGUUUAUUAUCGUCCAUGAAAACGAUAAAGAAGGAGAAUGGAGAAACUAAUCUAGUCGAGGAAAAAACUGGUAUAUUGAAAAAGUCUGUGGAGAUGAUAGAGUUAGGAUUAGGGGAGGCACAGGUCAUGAUGGCCCUAGCCAACCAUUUACAACACGUAGAGGCAGAAAAACAGAAAUUACGGGCCCAAGUGCGGCGGUUAUGUCAAGAGAAUGCAUGGUUGCGAGAUGAACUUGCCAACACACAGCAGAAACUCCAACAGAGUGAACAGAAAGUAGCCACAUUAGAAGAGGAAAAAAAGCAUUUAGAAUUCAUGAAUGAAAUGAAGAAAUAUGAUUCGGACGAUGCAAAGCCAAGUGAGGAAAAAGAAGCCGAGCCUUCAUCUCAGUCAUUAGAUCUUGGGUUCCCAGAGGAUGACGAGGACCCACAACCGGCUGAUGGUACAUUCCUAUCACCUACCCAACCGAGUGCAAUGGCGCAGGCUGCCAGCGGUGGUUACGAGAUCCCCGCCCGGUUGAGAACCCUCCAUAACCUAGUGAUCCAGUACGCGUCCCAGGGGCGGUACGAAGUGGCCGUGCCAUUAUGUAAACAGGCCUUGGAAGAUCUCGAAAAGACGAGUGGUCACGAUCAUCCAGAUGUGGCCACGAUGUUGAAUAUUCUAGCUCUUGUAUAUAGAGACCAAGGGAAAUACAAAGAGGCCGCUAAUUUACUAAACGAUGCCCUUGGCAUCCGGGAGAAAACCCUUGGACAUGACCAUCCAGCUGUGGCGGCAACUUUGAACAAUUUAGCUGUUUUAUAUGGAAAGCGGGGGAAAUACAAGGAAGCUGAGCCUCUUUGUAAACGUGCUCUUUUGAUCAGAGAAAAGGUUUUAGGUCCUGAUCAUCCAGAUGUUGCCAAGCAACUGAAUAAUUUAGCUCUAUUGUGCCAGAAUCAAGGAAAAUAUGAAGAGGUCGAACAGUACUACCAGAGGGCUCUCGAGAUAUAUGAAAGCAAGCUCGGACCAGAUGACCCCAAUGUUGCUAAGACUAAAAACAACUUGGCUUCAGCCUAUCUGAAGCAGGGUAAAUACAAGCAAGCAGAAACGCUCUACAAAGAGGUGCUAACGCGUGCACAUGAAAAGGAGUUUGGGAAAGUUGAUAAUGACAACAAGCCUAUUUGGAUGCGUGCUGAAGAAAGGGAAGAAAACAAGGGGAAAUAUAAAGAUAAUGCAUUAUACGGCGAAUAUGGUGGUUGGCAUAAAGCGGCCAAGGUUGACAGCCCGACAGUCACGACAACGUUAAAGAAUCUUGGCGCCCUCUACCGGAGGCAAGGCAAAUACGAAGCUGCCGAAACUCUAGAGGAGUGUGCAACAAGAUCGAGGAAAACUGCCCUUGAUGUUGUACGUCAAGCCAAGGCACCAGAUGCUGCACCAGUAGACCCGAAGGAUACCAAACCUAUCAAGCGUUCUUCGAGCAAAGAUCGAAGUCGACGUGAUUCACGUGAGUCGUUGGAUAGUGUUACUUACGAAAAAUCAGGUGAUGGAGAUGAAGUGAGUAUUGGUGUGGAGUGGUCUGGGGACGGGACCGGCAAACUUAAACGCAGUGGCUCCCUAACGAAACUGAGAGCUUCAAUUAGACGCAGCAGUGCCAAACUCGUCCAGAAAUUGAAAGGAAAAGGUGACGAAAAUCAUUCAGGAAGCAUGAAAAGAGCAAGCUCAAUGUCAAUACUGAACGUAAACAGUAAAGAUGAUAGAUUACAGGAUCAGCGACGGCUUUCUAGUGGUAGCCUAGCACUGCGUGGACGAACUGCCAGCUCAGACCAGUUAGCAAAACAACUUUUUUAGCAGCUUUGUUAAUUGUAGUGUUUAUAGGCUUUAUUCAGCUGUGCCCACAGUUUCAUGGGGAGUUCAUAUUCUAACCAUAUCCAGAUGUACUUUGGGACCACAGUGACACCAAAUGUUGACAUUUGGGGUUCGAAUCUGAAUGUAGAAAUUGUUAAGAGAGUUAUGGACUGUCAUAACUGUUUACAUUCACAGCCUCAGAAUGCCCUCAAUGAGAACGUGUGCUUGACGAGAGUUUGACUACAUUGAUAGUAACUCUGAAGACAUCUUCAGGAUUGGCUUUUCGGUGUCGGCGUCAUUGCGAUUAUAUCCUUUCGAGCAAUGUUGCGGAAUCUUUCCUAACAAAUGUCCUUCUGUUGAGAGAAGGGCAUAUAGAUACAAGACCUUCCUGUUCUUGUGAUUUAUAAUCCUGCUUUUUUAUAUCCCGACACAUUUUGGAAUUUUGGUGACGAUCACCUCUAUUCCAAAAGAACAUAUCCAGAUAUAAAUGAUCGGCAUGAUCGGGGAACAGUGGGGGUCUUCUUAAUAUCCUGUUUUUCGGGUUAAAAAAAUUGUGUACUAGUCUUUCUGUGCUUUCCCAAUGUACAUUUGGAUGCGGUGAUCUCUGUGGCAUUUCAAUGUAUACAUAUCUUAUGUAGAGCAUUUGCAUUUAAAAUCACGGUUCUGUGAUAUGUGUGCAGAGAGUCGCUGGCUGUAGACUAAUAAUCAUUAGCUUGUUGCAAGGUCUUUUUAUUUCCAAGUGGAUGAACUGCAAAUUGAAAACUCAAACAGUCUUAGGGUUUAUAGGAGUGAUUUUGUAACUAAUUGUCUGUUUGUAAACACAUUACCAACGGGAUUUUCACAAAGAGUCAAUUGUUUUCUGAAAAUUGUGUUUAAAUGACACUGCUUUUUCAUCAACACUACAUACAUGUGUGUUUAUGAAAUUGGGUUUAUAGAUACCGGGUAUUUGAAAUAGUGACGUAUUUUAAUAGUUGGUAAGCACCUGAAACUGUGGGCACAGUGUUUUCAUCUGCAAGCUCGGUGUGAUAUGCUAUAUGGUUAUGUAAAGCAUAAUCAUUCCAUAUAGGACAUGACAUAUAUCCAUGGUCUGCAUGCUGCAUGUGUGUGUAGGGUCCGUCUUGUUAUCAGAGUUGGGCAAACAUAGUGCAGCCAUGCCACUAAUCCGGAUGGGAAAACGUUUGACCUUGUCAUGAUGACGGUUGUAUUUGACUUGGCUGUGCAGAUCUUUCUAAUCGAGUGCGUGAUGGACGAAUUAGUCAUGAAAUAGGACUUGUACUCUUUCGGGCCUGGGACUGGAAACAUAUAGAUAAGGUUAAAAAACAUGUUAGACCUUCAAUUUUCUGACUCUGACAGAAACUUUGAGAAAAGAAAUGAACCUCAAGUUCAGUUUUAGUGUUCCUUCGGGGACUGUCUGAGGGCCUAUGAUCUACAGGUUGUCGUAACCUCUCUCGUUCACCUAGAGGCCCAAGUCUGAGCCCUGAAGCCUAACAGAAGAAUGGUGAUGAUGAUGAUGAUGAAAAACACCUCACCUUGUGACAAGGAAGAGCAAUCUGGUACUCGUGGUUCUUAACUUUUCUCAACUUCUGUCCUUGUGUCUUCUUCGCUGUAAAGUUGCCUAAUCUAAUGUGCCCUCGUUUUCAUCGGUGAUAAAAUGUAUUCAAAUUCUAAAUAUUAUGUGAAUGACCGUCGUAUUCUAGAUGAAUAUCCACGUGGCAAUAACAUGGCUUUUGUUAUGACUGCUGCUGAGCUUCUGAAAGACUGAGGGCAGUCAUGUCGUGACAGUACAAUUAACCUAAUUUCCGGUGUAAUGGAAGAAACGCUGUUCUCGCUUCAUUCAAGUAUAUACACUGCCGUACUUUUAACGUGUGAUAAAAGAGAAAGAGUCUGUUCUUGUAAAUUUCAUGCCCACCGCACAUGAUGAUUUUUAACCCGAUUUUCUGAAAAUGCUGAUUCAGGGCCGAGGACUAGGCUCUCAUGUAAGACCGGAAUGAGCAUGUUUAGAAAAUUGGAGAAAAAGAGGAUCAAGUGUGGUAGGCAUUAUUGACUGGAUAUCUCUUAAAAUUGUGCUGAUUCUAAUAUAAUGUGCAAAUCUUAGUAACAACAUACAUUGUAACCAAAGUUGGAAAUGUGAAAUUUAGGAUAUGUAAUUUAUUAAAAAGUUGUGACCUAUGUAUUUGCAUAUGGAGUAGGGUUAUGCUUGUCAGUGCAGUAGUGGUUUCAGAAACAAAAUGUUGAAAAAUGGCAAUGAUUAAUUAUUGGAUGAAUAGUGGAUAUCUUAAAUGUGACUAACUAUAGAAAGAAAAUAAAUAGGCUUAUUUGAGAGUGAAUGUCCUUGAUAUCUUAACUCACCCAUGUCUAAAAGUGUUGUGGGUUUUAAUAAUAACUUCAAGAUUAGUAUAUGGUUCAUUGGUAUGCACUGACUGUUUUGCUUACUGGCCAUGAUAAACACAAUCACUUCAAGCCGUGUGACAAGAUAGUAACUACCAGUUUGUGAUUUUCAACAGUUUUUCUAUACAUAUAAGCUUAUGAGCUAAUCUUCAAUGUGUAUGUGCCUGACAUUUAGACCACCACAGGUUGGUUAAACAAGUAAAACUGAAUUGCUGUCAGUCAACUGAAUUAGAGUUUGUCCAUACUAAGUAAAUUUAGAGUGAGUUUGUCCAGACACAGUAUACUUAGAGUGAGUUUUCCAUUCAAAGUCUACUUAGUAUGAGUUUGUUUAUGAUAACUUGACUUAGAAAGAGUUUGUCUAAAGGUGGUCAAUGUCUUGUGUACAUUAAUGUACACAAGGCCUAAUCUGAUGCACAGAUUGAUUUAAUCAGCCUAGGGUGGACUUUCAUCCUGAUCUGUUGGCCCCUGGCCUGUAGUUUCUUAUGAAUCUAGUUGUACCUUUACAGAUGUAUGUUUACUUUCUAGUGGCGAGUUUAAAGUCGCCUCUGUUAAUGUAAGUUAAAUUUUGUAAAUUAUGCUUUGUGUAAAUAAGUUGCUCAUAGUUGUACAGCAUAGGUGGGAUUAUUUGACCUCAUAUUGUAAAGUGGUUGGCACAUGGGAAACUCAAUUCUGUGAGUGCAAGUUGGAGAUAUCAAAAUUUGGCAUUCUUUUUUCUCAUAAAGGCUAUUAUUCCUCGUUCUAAGGAAUUGUAUUCUAUCGCUCCAUUUUGCAUUCACAAUUUAAACCCUGUCUAGCCCAAUUUAACAGAUAUUGCACCCAGUUUUAAUCCUGCUGCCAAGGUGGGGAUGUUUAAAUCAUGUCGCGUAGUUGUUUUCUCCUUGAUUGCACCCCAUUCACAGAAAUCAAGAAUCUUCAUGACAAAAUUUUACCCAAAAUCUUUUGACGCAAUCCUGAGGACUGUAGGUUUGUGUCUUAACACCUUCAGCGCCGAACUACGUUGAUCUACGUGGCCCAAAUCCCCCUCUGAGCUGCUUAUCAGAGUCUCAUGGACUUCAUGUAAGAACUACGCCAUCGCCAUCUUCAGGGCAAGGUAGGAACUGAAAAGGGCAAGGCAGGAACUGAAAAAUCGUUUGGUCUUUUCAGUUCCUGCCGUGCCCUGAAGAUGGCGGUGGCGUAGUUCUUUCAUGAAGUCCAUGAGACUCCGUGUAAACAUGCUUCCAUACACUUUGGUGGCAAAUAGUUGAACUGGGCUUUCUCCUUAUUUUCACUUUAAUUUAAAAAGCACUGAUUGCAGAACCAUGGCAGUUGAAAUGAUUACAUAUUACUUGGCCUAGGGUACAGCUUUUUGAGAGAAAAAAUGUGACAAGUUGAUGUGGUCAAAUUGGAGUCUUUGUUCAGACGUGUGCAUUCAAGACAACAAUGCUUCGAAAAUUCUUAUGAUCUAGUCCUGAGGUGAUGAGAUCCUACCCUGGUCAAGGGCAUGUGACCUCUUUCACGUGAGGAGCUCUUGGUGUACUGGGCCUUUGACUAUCUUCAGGACAACUAACCCAAUUGCAUGUCACUUCGGUAGGAACGCUGUGCCCUCUCAUUUCGAUCUGAAUUGUAGCGACAAAUGUUCAGGGUGGCAAGCAAAUAUUUCAUUACUAAGAAAUAGACUGGUAUGGAGCUCAUUGCUUAGGGAUGGGCUGCAAAGGGCAUAAGUGUUUAGCUUUGAUAUGCAAUAGAAUUAAACGUGGUUAUCACUGUAAUUAGUUUGAUGAAUCUUGUAGCCCUGGUGGUAUACUUUCUGUGGGCUGUUUUGCUGGGUAGCUUUGACUGAAAAAAUUCAUACUCCUGAUUUGGAAUAUAGAUUUUUGGUAGGAGAGUAAAGCAGUUUAAAAUGAGAAACGUGACCUUGUGUGAGGUCCCUUUCAUUGUGGAUUCAAUAUUCCAGAUAGAAUUCAGAAAACUACUUCUGGAGUUGGAAGUUGAUUGGUCUUGUCUUGGGAUGAAGGGAUUCAUAUUGAUGGGACAUUUGGGACACCCUGUAUUCUUUGUCUCUGUGCACUGAUGGCAUAAUAGUUCUGGCUUGACCAGCAUUUCAUCGGAAUCUCUCCCAUACCAUAUUGUACCAUUUCUCCACAGUGCUGCCACUCUGAACAGUUGAAGCCGAGCCACUUUAUUAAGCUGUUGGUGUAAUAAAUGUAUGGUAUACUGCCUUUCUUGUCUGUAUGCUAAUUGUGGUAAUAAUAAAUCUGACAUAGCUGGAUA